AUGCCUCCUCGUGUUGCAAAGACUAAACUCGUGAUUCCGUCUCUUGACCAACUUAAAACCAUUGGUGAAGAAUGUUUCGCUUUUGUAUGUAAAACUGCGACAAAAGGUGACCCAAAGUCCGUGCUACAUGCCAUUGAUACAUUUGGCUAUGAACAUCAAUGGAUGAUGUGCGUUGGGGACGUAAAAGGUGAACUCUUGGACAUUGAAAUUGCUAAAGCAAAGCCAAAGGUUUUAGUUGAAUUGGGUGGAUUAUAUGGCUAUAGUGCCAUUCGAUUUGCUAGUGUCAUGCAAGACCUCUCUGGUUCCUCUGUUCAUGUCUAUACGUUUGAAAUCUCACCUGAAUGUGCAGCAAUAGCAACAAAAAUGGUCGAGUUUGCUGGUCUUUCGGAUCUUGUAACGAUCUUUGUGGGCACAUUUGGAGACAAUUAUCUAAAGCUGAAAGAACGAGGCAUUGACCACGUUGAUGUGUUUUUCCUUGAUCACGAGAAAAAGUGCUACAAGAGCGACUUGGAGAUCAUUGAACAGAGUGGAUUACUUCGUGUGGGGUCUGUAGUAAUGGCCGACAAUGUUCUAUAUGCGCAGAUUACCGACUACCUCGAGUAUGUUCAAGGACAUCCGCAUUUCAAUAAUUGGUCGGCCCAUGGAAUAACCUCAUGGAAUGACAUUGAGACAGCAUUAACGUCCACAGUAAAGACAUUAGACGUGUCAUCGAAUGACUUGAAGGUGAUUGCGUUCACACAAACUUUCCAGAACCUACAGAUGCUAUUCUGCUUCAAUACGUCACUAACGUACGUGAACGUGCAAAGGACAAACCUAGAGACACUGAGUGCAUACAACAACCUCUUGUCAUCAUUUCAAGAUGUUGUGCUUACAAGAACAAUCCAGGAGCUUGAUCUGUCGGCUAAUUGGUUGUCGGAUUGGAAAAACCUGAAGCUGCCUCGAGACUUGCAGACGUUGAACCUCAGUCACAAUUCGAUAGCCGAUAUAUCGGGCUCCAACUUGUCAGCAGCGGUAAAGUUAGUGUCAAUUGAUCUUUCGUCGAAUAUGCUGACAUCUGUGGUUGGAGUGGUCUUUCCAAGCAACCUGAUGGACCUAGAUCUCAGCGGCAACAGGAUCCAUACUUUCGAAGUUUACAAGGCCGAUUUUGCUGUGCUUUCCAACCUCGCCACUUUCAAGAUGGACGAUCUUGAGCAAUCGACUUGUUCGACUAGCAGUGCGACGAUUGAAACAAUCAAGAACGUUCAGAUUUGUGUAAUCACUGAUGCCGUGUUUACGCCUGCGCACUUGAGCAGGCAAAGUGUGUCGAAGGCGGAUAAAAGCAUAUUGUACGCCAGUGUAAUCUUGAGUGCUCUAAUAAGCCUUUGGUUUCUGGUGCUCCUCGUGGGUCACGCUAUCAAGAUGUAUCGACAUGGAGCCAAAACAAAUGAACAACAGCGCGAUACGAUGGAAACUUCGACUCUUACAGCCUCCAGGCACUGGUCAGUGUGGAAGGAGGACGAACUGCCGAACGACGUGCGAUUCGACGAAGACUUCAUCUCGUACCGCAUUGACCCGUCAGACGUAAUGCAAAUUCGCACCUUAGCUCAUGGCAACUUUGCGAUAUUAUCAUUAGUCCAUCUCGGCGACAAACAAGCUGUCAUGAAAAAGGUUUCGAUUCAUCCACAGGGCCAAGAUCGGGACCAGAUGAUAGCAUUUAUGCAUGAGAUUCGCGUAUGCGCGAAGUUAGAUCACCCGAUGGUCGUAAGGUUUCUCGGUAUCAUGUGGUCCAGUCUCUUCAAUCUUGCAUCUAUCGUUGAGUACGUUCCGCUUGGGAAUCUUGCGGUGUAUUUGAAAGAAAUGAAGUCUUUAGGGAAGAAUUCCCGAUCGACAUUUACGUGGAUGGAAUCAUCCAACAACUCUCCUGCGAAAUUAUCGUUAUCGCUACAAAUUUCUAAAGCGCUCGUAUAUCUACAGACUUUUGUACCUCCAGUCAUUCACGGCCACAUAAGAGCGGAAAGCAUGCUGCUCGGAUCAGAGUGGAAUGUCAAGGUAAAUCGACUUGGUUACACACACAUAUCUUCGUUAUCGAUUGAAGAUCGAGCAUGGAUUGCACCAGAGGUUUUGACAAGUGGUACAUUUGAUGAAAAGUCGGAUAUCUACUCUUUUGGAGUCCUGUUGUCCGAGCUGGAUCGUUGUAAGCUACCUUUCUCGCGCAAACAAACAACUUGUCGAUGGCAAUGCGGUAAUGACGCCAUCCUUCUCAAGCCAAAGUUUUGUAAAGACUGUCCAUUGGAGAUUCUGGAAAUUGCGCAGACGUGUCUGAACGACGAUCCCUCGGUCCGUCCUACAGCCAGGGAGCUUUAUGAUUCUCUUUGGCGGAUUUCGCAUCAAAGUCAAGGCCAUUCACCGAGUCGGAAACGAGAUGGAGCACAUAAUGUUUCAGUCUGA